AGUGCCCAUGUGGUUUGCGCAUGUCCAAGGUCCACCGGACGUACUACUACCGUCAACCGGUUCUCAUCGACUUUUACCAGCAUAAACUCCAGCUUGACGUGACUUGAACACACAUUAUAUGGGCUCUCUGGUUUCUGGGUGGGUCAUCCAACUCGCACGCUGAAAUAGUAGACGUCUAGACUCCCAGAGAUGUGAGCAUGCUCACAUGCGCUUGACUGAAUUGUCGAACGCUUGGUGAGACGCGGUGCGAAGCUGAUACAGUGCAAAACAAGGACAACGCAGUUGAAAAUCAGUCAGGACAGAGCAGAUCUUGAGCAGAAUUCCAUUGCUUUGUCCGGGAGGUCCAUGGACGAGUGUUGGACUUUCGACACCCGAUUGUGAUAGCGACAGCGCGAAGGAGACAGAAAGUGACAAGAAAAUGCGGGGUUGGGCGCUCGAUCAGUCGGACUCUCAACGGAGGACGAACACAUGAUCCGCAUUCGGUUGUAGACUGACCAGGCGCCGUCCGGAGACAUGAUGUCGAGCCGUGUCUGGAAGCGGAUUUGCUCGUUCGUCUUUGAUGGUCUUCGAGACCCAUAAUAAGGUAAAAAUCUCUGUCUCCCUUCCCAGAGUCCUUUCAAGCCCGUACUGAUUCCCUCGCGACGCUUGACAGGCCUACUCCGUGACGGGUCUUGCUUGUUGGCUUCCUGCUCCUCCCCAUCGGUCUUGAACUGAUACUCACUCUCUUUUCGACACCUCACUCGUUUUCUGUCGCUCCUUGUUGUCGCAAACCUCGUCUCUAUACCCUCUAAUUUUCCCUCUCGAAGAAAUGUACAUAUUUCUCAAAAUCUUCUUCUCAUUCUCCCUCCUUCGUACUGCUUUGGCUGCCACUGCUGAGGAAUGGAGAGGCCGGUCUAUCUACCAUCUUCUUGCCAGAAUUAUAACUGACCGUUUUGCGUUGCCUGAAGGCGCUGAUCCCACUCAGUGCAACCCCGGAGAUCAGACAUUCUGUGGUGGCACUUGGAACACUAUUCGCGAAAACCUUGAUUACGUUCAGAACGCGGGAUUCACUGCUAUCUGGAUCAGUCCCGUUUCACAGAACUACGAAGGUCCUCGUACGCCCUACGGCGACCCCUACCAUGGUUACUGGAUCUCAGAUGCGACUAAGCUCAACAGUCGCUUUGGUACUGCAGACGACCUCAAGGCUCUUUCCACCGAGUUGCAUAAACGUGGAAUGUUCCUGAUGGUCGACGUGGUGGUUAACAACGUGAUGGGACUUACAACAGAUUUGAACGACCUGUCGUCGUAUAUGUUCAAGCAGAAGUCGCAAUAUCACCCUUACUGUCCGAUCCAAUGGGGCAACCGUACCAGUGAACAAGACUGCUGGUUGGGUGACUUGAAGGUUCCUCUUCUCGAUGUCAACACGGAGGACCCAACUGUGGUGUCUGCCUACCAGGAUUGGAUUAAGAAUCUUGUGUCCGAGUACAACAUUGAUGGUCUCCGUAUUGAUGCCGCGAAACACGUACAGACUGACUUCUGGCCCUCGUUCUGUAGUGCCGCUGGUGUUUUCUGCAUCGGAGAGGUUUUCGGUGAUAACAUCGACGAAGUCGCGUCGUUCCAGGGGCCCGAUGCUUUGGACUCCACCCUGAACUACCCAAUGUACAGUGCUUUGACUGAGGCCUUUGCCAUCCCCGGUCAAUUGAAUACUUCCGCUAUCACCGACACCAUGGAAAUCUACAAGACGAAGUUCAAGGACCCUGGUCUUUUGGGCAAUUUCCUCGAGAAUCAAGACUUGCCUCGCUGGGCUAACAUGUCUUCCGAUCCUCAGAGCAUGUACAAUGCAAUGGUGUUCAACUUCAUGUCUGAUGGUAUUCCGAUCGUGUAUUAUGGCCAGGAGCAAGGGUUCAAUGGCAGCGCUGAUCCUUGGAACCGUGAACCGUUGUGGACGUCUGGUUACAACAACGAUACGACUGCGUAUAAGAUGAUCGCGACUCUCAACAAGCUCCGCAACUUCAUGAUAAACUCGACCACAGACACCGACACAGACUGGCUGCAUUCUCGUGCCGAAGUUUUGACGACAUCUGCCCAUGGGUUGGCGAUCAUGAAAGGCGACGUUAUUUCCGUCCUUACGAACAUUGGUUCUCCUCCCCAGAACCUCAGCACUGCUGUUUAUACUCCCUACCCUAACAGUCUCAGGAUGACCGAUGUCCUGAGCUGCACACAGUUUGUUGUUGGAAGCAACGGCACUCUGAGCGUGGGGUACUCGAAAGGUGGACAAGCCAAGGUUAUCGUUCCCUCGGAUUUGCUCGAUAAUUCGGACCUCUGCGGCCACGUGGACGAAGUUGAGCAGCAAUCACAGGGUCAACUUGCGUCAACAGCAUUUUUUGAACUUCGACGCCCUUCUGCUACGGCCUCUUACGUUUUUCUUUUUGGUAUCACUUUCUUGGGCCUUCUCUGCACGGCAGUUGGUGUAUAAAUAGUAAAUUGGGCUGGGUUGUUCUAUUUGCAUCUACAAUAAUGUGGUUUGUAAUAGCUUUUGCGUGUACCAGGCGCCCCAAGAAUAAUUUUUUUUUUUGCACAUCUUCGUGGACUGAUUGAGAGCAGUGA